CGGGCCCGGGCCCCCCUCGCUCCCGCGCCCCGGCCCCGCCGCCCGCGCCGGGGCGGUCGCCCGCAGAGGAAGGCGCCGCAGUCUCCGGCCUCGCAGCCCCGCUCGCUCGAGCGUCCUCAGCGCCGAGGGCUCGCGGGUCCUGAGGGGAGGAGGCGAGCAGGGGCCGGGCACUGAGCUCUUUGGCGCCCCCACCCCGGUUUUCGGAGCCCUCCACGCUGCGGCCGCUGCCCCCUCCGGACCAUGGCCGACGACGACGUGCUCUUCGAGGAUGUGUACGAGCUGUGCGAGGUGAUCGGCAAGGGUCCCUUCAGUGUUGUACGACGAUGUAUCAACAGAGAAACUGGACAACAAUUUGCUGUAAAGAUUGUUGAUGUAGCCAAGUUCACAUCAAGUCCAGGGUUAAGUACAGAAGAUCUAAAGCGGGAAGCCAGUAUCUGUCAUAUGCUGAAACAUCCCCACAUUGUAGAAUUAUUGGAGACAUAUAGCUCAGAUGGAAUGCUUUACAUGGUUUUUGAAUUUAUGGAUGGAGCGGAUCUGUGUUUUGAAAUCGUAAAGCGAGCUGACGCUGGUUUUGUAUACAGUGAAGCUGUAGCCAGUCAUUACAUGAGACAGAUACUGGAAGCUCUGCGCUAUUGUCAUGAUAAUAAUAUAAUUCACAGGGAUGUGAAGCCCCACUGUGUUCUCCUCGCCUCAAAGGAAAACUCAGCACCUGUUAAACUUGGGGGCUUUGGGGUAGCUAUUCAGUUAGGGGAGUCUGGACUGGUAGCUGGAGGACGUGUUGGAACACCUCAUUUUAUGGCCCCAGAAGUUGUCAAAAGAGAGCCUUAUGGAAAACCUGUAGAUGUCUGGGGUUGCGGUGUCAUCCUUUUUAUCCUGCUAAGUGGUUGUUUGCCUUUUUAUGGAACCAAGGAAAGAUUGUUUGAAGGCAUUAUUAAAGGAAAAUAUAAGAUGAAUCCAAGGCAGUGGAGCCACAUCUCUGAAAGUGCCAAAGACCUCGUACGUCGCAUGCUGAUGCUGGAUCCAGCGGAAAGGAUCACUGUUUAUGAAGCACUGAAUCACCCAUGGCUUAAGGAACGGGAUCGUUAUGCCUACAAGAUUCAUCUUCCAGAAACAGUAGAGCAACUGAGGAAAUUCAAUGCAAGGAGGAAACUAAAGGGUGCAGUACUAGCAGCUGUGUCAAGUCACAAGUUUAACUCAUUCUACGGGGAUCCCCCUGAAGAGUUGCCAGAUUUCUCCGAAGACCCUACCUCCUCAGGAGCAGUCUCACAGGUGCUGGACAGCCUGGAAGAAAUUCACGCCCUUACAGACUGCAGUGAAAAGGACUUAGAUUUUCUACACAGUGUUUUCCAGGAUCAGCAUCUUCAUACACUAUUAGAUCUGUAUGACAAAAUUAAUACAAAGUCCUCACCGCAGAUCAGGAACCCUCCAAGUGAUGCAGUACAGAGAGCCAAAGAGGUAUUGGAAGAAAUUUCAUGUUACCCUGAGAACAAUGAUGCAAAGGAACUAAAGCGUAUUUUAACACAACCUCAUUUCAUGGCCUUACUUCAGACUCAUGAUGUAGUGGCACAUGAAGUUUACAGUGAUGAAGCAUUGAGGGUCACACCUCCUCCCACCUCUCCCUAUUUAAAUGGUGAUUCUCCAGAAAGCGCAAACGGAGACAUGGAUAUGGAGAACGUGACCAGAGUUCGGCUGGUCCAGUUCCAAAAGAACACAGAUGAACCAAUGGGAAUCACUUUAAAAAUGAAUGAGCUAAAUCAUUGUAUUGUUGCAAGAAUUAUGCAUGGAGGCAUGAUUCACAGGCAAGGUACACUUCAUGUUGGAGAUGAAAUUCGAGAAAUCAAUGGCAUAAGUGUGGCUAACCAAACAGUGGAACAGCUGCAAAAAAUGCUUCGGGAAAUGCGGGGGAGUAUUACCUUCAAGAUCGUGCCAAGUUACCGCACUCAGUCAUCGUCCUGUGAGAGAGAUUCCCCCUCCACUUCCAGACAGUCCCCAGCUAAUGGUCAUAGCAGCACUAACAAUUCUGUUUCGGACUUGCCAUCAACUACCCAACCAAAAGGACGACAGAUCUAUGUAAGAGCACAAUUUGAAUAUGAUCCAGCCAAGGAUGACCUCAUCCCCUGCAAAGAAGCUGGCAUUCGAUUCAGAGUUGGUGACAUUAUCCAGAUUAUUAGUAAGGAUGAUCACAAUUGGUGGCAGGGUAAACUGGAAAACUCCAAAAAUGGAACUGCAGGUCUCAUUCCUUCUCCUGAACUUCAGGAAUGGCGAGUAGCUUGCAUCGCCAUGGAGAAGACCAAACAGGAGCAGCAGGCCAGCUGUACUUGGUUUGGCAAGAAAAAGAAGCAGUACAAAGAUAAAUAUUUGGCAAAGCACAAUGCAGUGUUUGAUCAAUUAGAUCUUGUUACAUAUGAAGAAGUAGUAAAACUGCCAGCGUUCAAAAGGAAAACACUAGUCUUAUUAGGUGCGCAUGGUGUUGGGAGAAGACACAUAAAAAACACCCUCAUCACCAAGCACCCGGACCGGUUUGCGUACCCUAUUCCACAUACAACCAGACCUCCAAAGAAAGAUGAAGAAAAUGGAAAGAAUUAUUACUUUGUAUCUCAUGACCAAAUGAUGCAAGACAUCUCUAAUAAUGAGUACUUGGAGUAUGGCAGCCACGAGGAUGCGAUGUACGGGACAAAACUGGAGACCAUCCGGAAGAUCCAUGAGCAGGGCCUGAUUGCAAUACUGGAUGUGGAGCCUCAGGCGCUGAAGGUCCUAAGAACUGCAGAGUUCGCUCCUUUUGUUGUUUUUAUUGCUGCACCAACUAUUACUCCAGGUUUAAAUGAGGAUGAAUCUCUUCAGCGUCUGCAGAAGGAGUCUGAUAUCUUACAGAGAACAUACGCACACUACUUCGAUCUCACAAUUAUCAACAAUGAAAUCGAUGAGACAAUCAGACAUCUGGAGGAAGCCGUCGAGCUCGUGUGCACAGCCCCGCAGUGGGUCCCCGUCUCCUGGGUCUAUUAGGCCCCGCCCCAGAUAUCUGACGCAGACCUGGGAGCCACCUCAUCCAUGGAAAAGCCUCUUUGUUAUCGGCCUUGUGUCAGCAGGUCGUGGUCCCUAGAGACUACCUAGUUGUAGUGUGACCUACAUUUAUAAUUAUUGUCAUGUCCGAAUAGAUAGGAGGAGAAAAACAAUUACACACUAAUUUAAAGAGACAGUAUCUUUUUUAAUCAGUUCUCCUAAACUUUAAUAAAAUGUAUCUUUAAAUGUAUGUAUUAUUCAAUCCUUUGGAAUGUUAUAUUUUUGGAAAUCAUAGCUUUUUAUUUCCAAGGCCCCUAAAAACUGCACAAAAUAGAUGCUGCUUUCUAUAAUCUAUUUUAAUAAUAAUAAACAAUGAUUCUGUUACCUUGACUGGGGGUGGAACACUACAUUCUUUUUAGAGUCUGAUUUUAUGGAUUGGAAUAUCUUUCUUUCCUUUAUUUAUUUGAAAUAAUCAGUCUAGUGAUUACAAAACAGUCAUAAAUUUUUAAAGGCCUUUUUUCUCUCUUUUUUUUUUUUAGAAUAGUAUUUUUUUUAAGUCCUUUAUGUAACAUCCAGAUAAUGUGAUACUGUCUCUUUGAAGCACCCUGUAAACCUUGUAGAGAUUUGAACUUGGGUCUUGACUCUUAAUGCAUGUGGACAGUCGCGAGCGUUUAUGCUGUCGGUGUGUCUGUGUUGGACAAAACAGUCUGUAAUCUACAGCAAAGUACAUUCCGUUCACGGGGCACACCCAGGGGAAUAAGAAUAAAAUGCUAUUAUGACUAAGUUGUAAACCUAUGCACAUCCCUUGCAUUUCGGGCAACUUUAUAAAAAAAAAAAGAAGAAACUGAUUUUUAUUAAUAAUAAUCAUGUAGUGAAAUGUGUUUGUAAUUUUGUCUCAAUUUAAUUUGUUGUAAGGUGGGAGGGGGAAUUGCUGGUUUCACCAUUUCAGAUCUGUGUUGUCUGAGAGUAUUAACGUUUUAAUUAAGCAAAGAAAUGAGGAUUUUUAAUAUGUAUGUAAUUGUUUUAAAGUACCCAUUUUAAGAGAAUAUACUGUGCAAUGAAGAAACCAGUUUAGGCAUUUGCUAUAAACUGAAUUAUUCCAAAAGAAUAAUCUAUAACAGCCCUGUAAAUUCCUUUAAAAUGAUAACUAACAGGACAGUUUGACCAAUUUUUUUUUAAAUAUACUUCCUUUUAUGUGUUCAAUAAUUAAAUGCCUUUGGGUCCUUCAUUUCAUUAUAGAUUUGUUCAGGUUUACGAGCCGAUAAUCUUUUAGAUUUAUAAUCCAUUAGAUGCUCAUUGAACCAUCGAAGGCCCAGGAGUGACUAUCAGUUGGCAGAAAAACAAAAUACCCUGCCAGAGCACAGCUCAGACCACGCCUGGCUCCCAGAGUGCAGUGCGCCCGAGGGCCACCAAUGUACUGGAGGCCAUCUGUGGUUUCUCCUUCCUCUUGCUAUAUCCCUUGGCACAGGAGAAUCAUCUUUCCUUGUUGCUUAGAGACAUUAACCAUCUCAUCACCCUUCCAUGAGGUCACAUUCUUCCAAUGCAGGAGAUUCAGACUGGGGGUUUUCUGACUCUGCCAGAGGUCAGUGGAAGGUUUUUCAUUAGUGUGUCAGGGUGUGAAGUGGUUCUAUUAACCUGUGAUCCUUGAAAAAAUACCGUUGUGUUUGCUUCUUGUCGGUUAGAAGGCCUCAUUGCUUCGUGCCUUGGCAGGGUGUGCAGGGGUGUGUCCUGAGCUGACCUGCUCCUCUUGAAGAGCCACACAGAGAAGGCAUCUGUACUCCUUUCACGGUGUCACCCUCCCCUCCCACCUCCUCUUAUUAAACGAUGCUGAUUUUU